AUGGUCUUACUUGAUCAAGUUAAUUUAUCCUUCCUUGAUAUCUGUUACUCCACCAGCUGGGAACCAUAUGUCUUGGCCCAAUGCUUCAGGGACUUCCCCAUUAUUUUCUAUACCAGCUGUUAUGCCCAGAUGACCACAUCCCUCUUUCCAGGGAUGACAGAAUGUCUCUUCCAUGCUGUCAUGGUUUAUGACAGGUUUGUUGCAAUCUCCAAUCCCCUGCAUUACACCACCAUUAUGAAUAAUGAAGUUUGCGUACAGUUGGCCUUGGGAACCUGGGCAAGUGCAUUCUUAGUAGCAGUCUUACCAUUCAUUGCAAUUCCUGCUUGUUAUUAUGGACAGAAUGCCAUCAGCCAUUUUACCUGUGAGAUCCAGGCCCCGCUGAAGCUCAUCUGCUCAGACACUCCUGUCAGUCUGAUUCUGGGUCUGGUUAUCAGUGUGUUCAUAUUGACCUUGCCUUUCACUAUCAUCCUUAUUUCCUACUUCCACAUUGUGGUUAUCGUGCUGAGGAUCCAUUCUGUAGAGGGCCUCAAAUCUUUCUUCAUCUGUGGACCUUAUCUAACUGUGGUCAACAUAUUUAAUGGUAUAGCCAUCUACAUGUACCUGAAACCUCAAAGAAAUCUCAGGAAGAGGACAAAUUCGUCUCAAUAUUUUUUUUAA